AUGCCGCCGAUGGAGCUACCGUCCUCCGCCGCCGUCCUCCGCCGCAAUGCAAUUUGGGCGAUCCUCCUCUUCGCGGUGGCUCUAUCCUGCGUCUUCCUGUACAGAGCUGCCGACUCAAUGCCCUUCCGUCUCCCACGCGACCCCCACGUGUUCCCCACCCUCACUGACGGCGAUUCCUUCCCCUCGGAGGACCGUAGCCUCGAGAGAGUCCUGAAGGACGCCGCGAUGCCAGAUAAAUCGGUUAUACUGACGACCCUGAACGAGGCCUGGGCGGGCCCGAACUCCAUCCUCGAUCUCUUCCUCGAGAGCUUCAGAAUCGGUGAGCGAACUCGCCGUCUUCUGAACCAUUUGGUCAUCGUCGCGUUAGAUCGGAAGGCGUUCUUCCGUUGCCGGGCCGUACACUCCCAUUGCUUCGCACUCGUCACCCCUGGGGCCGACUUCUCGCGCGAGGCCUAUUUCAUGACGCCGGACUACCUGAACAUGAUGUGGCGGAGGAUCGAUUUCCUCCGAUCUGUGCUCGAGAUGGGGUACAGCUUCGUCUUCACCGACGCUGACGUCAUGUGGUUCCGGGACCCGUUCCCGGAGUUUCACCCGGGCGCCGAUUUCCAGAUAGCGUGCGAUCACUUCUCGGGCUCAGCCGACGAUUUAGUGAACAAUGUACCCAACGGAGGGUUUAAGUUUGUUCGGUCGAAUGGCCGAUCUGUUGAGUUUUACAAGUUUUGGUACGCUUCCCACAGCACGUACCCAGGGCUUCACGAUCAGGAUGUUCUCAAGAGGAUUAAGAAUGAUUCAUUUGUGAGGGACAUUGGGUUGAAGAUGAGGUUCUUGGAUACUGCCCUCUUCGGUGGCUUUUGUGAGCCGAGCCGGGAGCUCGACCGAGUUUGCACCAUGCACGCGAAUUGUUGUUUUGGGAUGGAUAACAAACUUCAUGACUUGAGGAUCUUGAUUGAGGACUGGAAGAGAUAUUUAUCCCUGCCUCCAAGAUUGAAACCUUUUGAGUCGUCUUGGAGAGUCCCGCAAAAUUGCAGUCUUGAUUCUCUACGCACGGAUGUGCAUAACGCGGAUGAGGAUGAGGAUGAGACUCGUGUGUUGUAUCCAUAA